AUGGGCCACGUUUGCACCAAAACCAUGAAGAAGGCUGCCUGGGUCAUCAUAGAAAAGUACUACAUGCACCUGGGCAACGACUUCCACAGGAACAAGCGCAUGUGCAAGGAGAUCGCCAUUAUCCCCAGCAAGAAGCUCCACAACAAGAUAGCAGGCUAUGUCACCCAUCUGAUGAAGCAGAUUCAGAGAGGCCCAGUACGAGGUAUCUCCGUCAAGCUGCAGGAGGAGGUGAGAGAAAGGAGAGACAAUUAUGUUCCUGAGAUCUCAGCCCUGGAUCAGGAGAUCAUUGAAGUAGAUCCUGACACUAAGGAAAUGCUGAAGCUUUUGGACUUCGGCUGUCUGUCCAACCUGCAGAUCACUCAGCCUACAGUUGGGAUGCAUUUCAAAAUGCCUCGGAGACCUGUUUGA